AUGCCAUUGAAUUGCAAUAUUAUUAAUCCAAAUUAAAAAGAAAAGCUGAGUAGAAAUUAUGUAAUUUAUUGCGUAAUUAUUGUAGAAAUAUAUUAGAAUUACUAAGAAUUAGUGUUAUACCACUAAAUAAAGUAUCAAAGGAUUAUACAUAUCCAAUAUUAAUUACAUAUUUUGAAGUUAAUAUUGAAAAAAGCUUGAAGGAUAGCAAGUAAAUAUUGCAUUUGUUUAAAUAAUAAAUCGUGCAGAAAUGCUAAUUAAUUUUUAAAACAAUCUUGAGACCAAUCGAAAAUAUAACACAAAUGAUAAUUCUAUAAUGUAAAUACUUUAAACAGUUCCGAAGUAAAACUGAAAAUCAGAUCAAAAAUAAUGAAACCUUAAGCAGUAUUAUAUCGAAAAUGUGUAAAUAAGAAUUUUACAAUUUUGACAUCUCAAUGAUUUUCACAACAUUACUCCCAAGUACCAAAUUAACUAUAAUAUAUAUAUGAAUAUCUUCAACAGUUAAAAUAAAUAAAUUUGGAUUAUAAUAAAGAUGUUGAUUGCAUAAAUAGUG